AUGAAAGCACAUGGAUUUCUAGUACAUUUUGUGCUCUUAAUUCUUGCAAUUAUCAUUAUCUCAAUUCAACCCAAAAUAUAUGUCAAUGCAAAAGCCUUUGCAAAAUAUGUAGAAUACCAUGUAGCCGUAAUAAAUAAUUUGUCUAAUGAUACCCUUGAUGUGCAUUGUAAAGGGGAUGAUGGAGAAUUUACAGAUUUGAAGCUUCAACAUGUGCAAGUAAAUGCCAAUUUCACAUUCGAUUUGCGCACUGCCUUCACGUACACCGUAAGUUAUGAGUGUGUCAUUGAUUGGGUUGAAGGUGGUGAAAUCAAAUUUGAGUCGUUUAGGGAUACUUCUAAGUUCCUUGAUGAUGGUUGUGGUGGGCUACAUUGUUUUUGGAAGGCGACUAAUUUCGGGCUAUAUUUGUUUCAAAUUCAAAAACAAACGUACGUGUUUAAGUUUGGGUGGCCUGGUAAGGGACGGAAGAUUUUUGCAUUAGAUGAAAGUAAAAUUUAA